GAUGUAGGCAGCUGACUUCAAAGCUGUGAGCAAGAGCUGUAGAUGCCUUAAAGUUUAUAGUUAAAUUGCCUGAUUUGUUUGAAAUUGAAUUUAUAUAGGUCUUUUCACAAACUUGCUGUAAGUAAUAUACUAGUAAAGAAGCGAAAGAAUUAUUGUCGGAAGAUGAGUGCUUUGAUUAAUCGCAGGAAACGUAUUCGGCUGAAUUCAGGAGCGCCCAACGAUGAAACCGUUACACUUAAUGUGACCGACAACAAUAUUCAGGACAAUAAUAUUAUGUCCGAAGACAAUGCUACACCGAUCAAAGAAGAAAACGAUUUCGAUUUGGAUUCCGAACAGGACGAUCCGACUGGUUUGGAAGGAGCCGCUUUCCACAGUCGUUUGCCUUUCGAUAAGAUGACAUCGAAUGAAGCAUAUUGUUUCUCAGACGUAGCUCACGGUCCGACUCAAACACAAAAGUUAUUCUUGCAUAUUCGCAAUCGCUUGUUGCAGCAAUGGCUGGAUAACCCAAAACAACAAUUAAUUUUUGAAGCGUCAUUGCCUUUAAUCGAACCGCCAUACAACACCGACAAAGUCCUAGUUCAACGCAUACACGCAUAUUUAGAGCGACAUGGAUACAUAAACUUUGGUGUAUUCAAGAGAUUGAAAACUGUUCCCUCGAAAAAAGUAGGACGAGUGGUUGUAAUUGGAGCGGGUAUUGCUGGACUAGCAGCUGCUCAACAAAUGCAACAAUUUGGCAUGGAAGUGGUCGUACUCGAAGCACGGGACCGAGUCGGCGGACGAAUCGCUACUUUUCGGAAAAAUACUUACGUAGCAGAUUUGGGCGCAAUGGUAGUUACGGGUUUGGGUGGGAACCCCGUUACGGUCUUGUCGAAACAAAUCAAUAUGGAACUGCACCGUAUUAGACAAAAAUGUCCUCUCUACGAACCCGGGAAAUUGAACGCCUUAGUGUCGACUCAAGUUCCAAAAGACAAAGACGAAAUGGUCGAAAAAGAAUUUAAUCGGCUUUUGGAAGCUACCAGCUACUUGUCUCACCACUUGGACUUCAAUUACUGCAAUGGAAAGUCGGUUUCUCUCGGCCACGCACUCGAAUGGGUUAUAAAACUGCAAGAGAAACACGUAAAGGAAAAAUUAACUCAACACAUGAAAAAUUAUGUGAAUUUACAAGAACGCCUAAAAACUAACCAAAAAAAGAUGCUUCAUGUGCAAGAAGUCCUGAAAGAUUUAUAUGCUCAGCAAAAGGAAAACGCCGAAACAAAAGAUAGCGAUAUCAACUCAAAUUUUGCAUACAAGGCGGCCACGAGGGAAUUGGCAAUUAAUAUAAAACAAUGGGAUGAGCUUUUUGAACAAAAGAACGAACUUGAAGAUAAAUUAAAAGAAAUGGAAGCUUCUCCGCCGAGCGAUGUGUACUUGUCAUCGAAAGAUCGUCAAAUUUUGGAUUGGCAUUUUGCAAAUUUGGAAUUCGCAAACGCUACGCCGCUGAACAAUUUAUCACUGAAGCAUUGGGAUCAAGACGACGACUUUGAAUUUACUGGAAACCAUCUAACAGUGCGAAACGGAUACUCUUGCGUGCCUGUCGCCCUUGCUGAAGGAUUGGACAUCAAACUGAACACUGCAGUGAAGCAAAUUACUUACGGUCUCAACGGCGUCGAAGUAUCAACGUACAAUCCACGUUCCAACGCCAGCGGGCAGACAUACAAAGGUGACAUUGUGCUUUGCACAUUACCUUUGGGUGUCUUGAAGCAAUCGACUAAUCCGAAAACGCAAAAUUUGCCCAACACCGUGCAGUUUUCUCCGGCGUUGCCCGAAUGGAAGGUGGCGGCAAUCCAACGUCUUGGCUUUGGCAACUUGAACAAAGUGGUGUUGUGUUUUGAUCGGAUUUUCUGGGACCCUAACGGCAACCUGUUCGGACACAUUGGCACCACCACGUCCAGCCGAGGAGAAUUGUUCCUGUUUUGGAAUCUGUAUCGUGCUCCCGUUCUGUUGGCUUUGGUCGCCGGCGAUGCUGCCAACGUUCUGGAAGAGGUAUCCGACGACAUUAUCACGGCCAGGUGCAUGCUAGUGCUAAGAGGAAUAUUCGGCACUGCCAAUGUGCCAGAUCCAAAGGAGACGGUGGUGACACGUUGGAGAGCCGAUCCUUGGGCUCGAGGAUCUUAUUCUUUUGUGGCCGUGGGAGCUUCGGGUUCGGACUACGAUUUGCUAGCAGCUCCUGUGUCGCCAGACGGAUCGUCGGACGGCGGGACUAAACCGAAUGGAACCAAACGCCUCUUUUUCGCCGGUGAACACACUAUCCGCAAUUAUCCGGCUACGGUUCAUGGGGCUUUUCUCAGUGGACUCCGCGAGGGCGGUAAGAUAUGCGAUCAGUUGUUGGGUUGCCCAUACGCGGUGCCCACAACUGGCCAGCAGUAAAACAGUAUUUCAUAACGUCAAUCAUAAUACGCCUUACACAUAAUAUACUUUUUUUUUGAUCAUUUAUUUUUAAACGAUAAUUAUUUUGUUAGUAUUAAUUUUGGCGUUUUCAUAAUUUUUUAAAACGUCAAACAUUCGGUUUUUGGCCAAUUUUAAAAAUAAUAACUAUUUUUUUUAAUUUUUUUUGUAUUCCAAUGUUCCAACCCGUUUUUAAAGGGUAUUUUAGAGAUUAAGUUUAAAAUUGAAGUUUUUACUCCAAAAUCAAGUCCGUAUUUAUCUGUCCGCGUUUUAUCGAAAUCGAUUACUUACUUAAUUACUUGAAAGGAUUUUACAUGACAAUCCAACGAAACCGCAUUUUACAAAAAAGUCGACCUUUUAUAUUUUUUUCUCAAAACAUUAACUCGAGUCAACCGUCGAUGGUAUUCUUUUGACAUAACACAGUUUUUUUAAAUAAAAAAUAUUUACAUAAUUUUGGAGUAAGAUUUCGGAAAAAAUAAUUUUUAGCUAUAACUAAGUGUAACGAGUGAUGACAUAAUGCGAACUAACGUUCAUUUUAUAAUUUUAUUUGUAUUUUUUGAUUAUUAAUGAUUAAUUUUUUUAGUGUACUCGACGUAUUGAUUUUAUUUUUCAUUUUUUGAUGUUUCAUUUUUAGUGUACUUGGCGUAUUGAUUUAUUCGUAUUUUUUUCAUUAAUAUUUUUUAAUUACAUUUUUUACUAGAUUGUGGUAUUCGAUUUUU